UUAUAAUUAAUAGAAAAACAUGGAGACAUAUAAAUCCGAAGAACAAGAGACCCUCUCCCAUGAAGCAUCCCUCAUUAAAUCCCUAUCCCUAUCCGACCCUCUCUCUAGUUCCCUUUCCAAUUCCAUCUCCUCAGAAAUAACCUUCCAAAACCUAUCAAUAUCGAUCACUCCGCUACUGACAGCACCUUACUUCUCCCUUGAUGACUCUAAUACUGCAGCCUUCUUGGCUCCUCUUCGGAAGCGACUAACCAGCCAGCUUGCUCCAUUGCACAAAACCCACUCGGUGGGAAUCACCCAUGUUACUCUGAGAGACACUAUUCCCAGCUACUCUAAAGCUUUGUUUCGGUGCUUUUCAUUGGUGCAUGGAGUUCAGCCACAUUCUGAAAUUAGGCCAAACUUACUUGGAGAUGGAUGAGGUAUCCCAUCCCUAAUCGAACUAAUCAACCUGAAAAUCCCAGCCAAGUUCCUCCUAAAACUCCUUAAAGUCUCCACUUGUGUGAACAAUCUUGCCAUCAAAAGAUGUAAUCUAGAGAUCAGUUCCCAACUGGAAGUUGACAAAGGCCAAUUCGGAUCAAAGAACAGGUCAAUUACUCAUAUCGAACUGGUGGCAGUCAAAGAUGAGUUCUCUAAGCCAAUCUUCAAAGGCUCUAAGAAAGGUCCUGCUCUUUUAAGAUACUUUGCAGUCCAGUUGCAAAAUUGUAACUCUAUUCUUAUUAAAUCUGAUACCACAGUUAUGAAUACUCAAUGAAUCCCUGAUUGGACAAUCACCAGAAUUAUAAAGAAAAAGAAGAUGAGAUACAUAAUAUAUUCAUGCAGAAGAAAUACUAAAUUACUUGACCAAAGAGUUAAAAAGAAGCCCAAAGCAUGACUUGUCCAAUAAUUAAGUAAAGCUAAAUUUAUUGGAAU